GCUGCCGUGGCCGAUGACGUGGCCUUCUUCGUCAAAAAUUCAAUAACAGUAACAGACAGUUAGUCAUAUCUUGACCCACAACAAUAAUUAUGGCUAAUAAUUUAAAUUUUCAUAGUUGUGACUAUAAUUCCCCGCUUCAUAAUAGUUAUGGCUAAUACAUUGUAUUUACCAAAAAAUUACGAAGAAAACAACAUUUUCAUACACAAACCGCGUUUUCUACAUAAAGUUGAAAAAUAAGGAAGGGGAAUAAACAUAGUUGCAUGUUACCCUCCAUCCCAUUUCACUCCCCCUUCACCACUCAUAACAAAACUCAUCAAAACCAGCAAAUGAAUGGGUUUUGAUCCAUUUCUAGCUAUAUCAUGCCAUCGGUUCUUGAAAUCAAACCCUUUAUUCCACUCCGCACAAAGACAAGUCACAUGCCACCCAACAAAGAUGCAUCAACUUUGCCUCAACAUUCUCAAUGUCAGCAUUCAAUACAUACACAAUUACAACCAACAUCACUGGGGGAAAAUCACACUAAUCGGAUCCUUUUCCUCCACACAUGUCACAGCUAAUCAGAACAUUUAUCUGAUGACUUAUUUGUACAAUCAAUAUUCGGUAGCGAGUUCACUCCAAUCUAAACAAAACAAAAAAAAAAUAGAUGAAAAUAUUGACUGAAUGACCAUUACAUUUAAUAUAUUCCACAAUUCGCGAAAAAUUCGUCAAAAACCAAAGUUCCGUCACUCAUUGGCGGAGCUAGGUUAAGGGUUGUGGGGUCCAUGGACCCCACUUGGAAAAUGAAUAUACAUUAAGAAUGGUGAAUUUUUAAGGUGGGGUUAGUAAAUUUAGAACCACAGACCCCCUCUUUCCGAGACAAUGAUUUUACUAUCUAGUCAAACUUCGUAUUUGGUUAUGUUUGGACCCCACUAAAUUAUAUCUCUGGCUACGCCAAUGCCGUCACUGACUUGUUAGUCACCAAAACUAUGGUGACCCCAUUUUUGUUUUUUUUUUUUCAUCCAAUUGAACCAACUCAUACAAUAUAUUAAUACCUAUAUAUAUAAGUCACUCAUAAGCGACUCAAUAACUUUCAUCCUCCUCAUCAAAUUCACAAACCCACAAAUGGCUUCCCAUCAUCACCACUUGCUGCUCAUCAUCAUCAUGUUCAUCCUCGUCGUCUUAGCCACAACCCGGGAUGCAUCCUUCGUCCCCGAACCAUCAUCAUCAUCAUCGACCAUGAUUCAUCUUCGUGCUGAUGAUCCUUGGUCGAGCUGCGACAGAGUGGCUAGGUGGAGGAAGAAUGUCGAUCCCCACUGCAGUACUACUUCCAUCAAGAAGAAGACUGCAAGGAAGCUGCAGCAGAGAGAUAGGUACAUUAGCUACCAAGCGCUGAGGGCAAACAGCAUACCCUGUGGGUGGAAGCGCAAUUCCUACUACGACUGUAGCUAUCGUAUUCGGGCUAAUCCUUACACCCGUGGUUGCACCGAAGCCACCCGUUGCUUCAGGUACACCCAUUAGAAUCAUUGGGGAAGAGAGGUUAAUGAAUAAUGAUGAAUUAAGUAACGAGGGAGUGUUGAUUAGUCAUACAUAUUCAUAUUAUUACCGGAUCAAUGGUGGUAAUUAAGUUGGUGAUCAUCAUUGUGACUAUUUCUCCUCUGCUGCUGAUGGGAUUGAAAUCUCCCAAAGUGAGUUGGAUGAGUGAGUAUACUUUGGUCUUGACUGGGAAAUGGAUGUUAGUUAAUUACGACCGACGUGGAUCAAGAGUUCAAUUGACGACUUUAAUUACAUUGCAAAUACUGAUCGUGAAUUAACUAGCAGCUUGAUCGAUCGUAUGAUCACUUCAUCACUGCUUUCAUGUUGGAUAUAUAUAACUAGAUGAAAUGUUUUAGCAUUUAGUGGAGAAGUUCUUCCUUCAUGUGCCCUGCAUGUCUUUCUCAUGACUGAAUCUAAAUCGCACCUCAAGUUGUACAUUCUCAAAAUGGAACUAUUUGUCUAUCGUCGGAUCACAGGAAAAAUGUUAGGCAUGGACUACAAUGCCAGAUUUGGGCUAUAUAUAUACUGUUUGUUAUACCAAAUUAAAGGAAGGAUGUAGCAGAAACCACACAAAUAAAAGUGACCGACCUAAGGAAAUCAAACAAAUUUACAAUAUGUCUCAACGAUUCAAAAAAGAAACAAUAUAUCAUCAGUUUGUGAUCGGAUCUGACGAGGCCAGGGAUCGGGUCGGGAAGGAGUCGGAUCUGACGAGUAGCCAGGUUGAGGAGACGGUAAUCAGGACGGUGGCGUCGAUGCGGCUUUCCGAUCGAGAAGAAGAAUAUGGCCCGCACCACAGAUGACGUGAUCGAGCAAGUGGCUUUCCGAUCGGGUUGUGAUCGCAUUUUCCGUGACUGGCACUUAGAUACUGAAAUUAGCUUCUACUACUCCUCCUUCUCAGUACGAGAUCCGGUGCUUUCUUUACUUCAACAGAGAAUUAUUGGGCUAACGCAUUCCCAUUUCUUGAAACUGAACAUAUUUCCUCCACCAACAAGAUCAGAAUUACCGAAAGAGAAGAAAUCUCUAUUAAUCGGAUAAAGCCGGAAUCAAAACAAAGAUAGAGUCGGAUGCACAAUAUACCGUGCCAGUUGAUCCAGAUCCUGCAGCUUACCACCUAGUUGGCGUGUGAACACUUUUGAAUGAGUGGUAUAAAGAUCCAUAAUAACA